AUGGCAGAAGGCUGUUGUCCUGCAAAUAUCAUGGCCAUGCCCACCAUUUCCAUGUGCUCCAAUGGUGGCAGCUUCCGAAGGGGACUCUGUUUGCCUAGUGCCUGCCGAAGCAGAACAUGGCAACUGGUAACAUGUGAAGAAAAUCGUCAGGCAUCUGGCAAUGUCCCGGAGAGCUGUGGGCCAACUGCUUGCCAACCUCCCUGUCUGCCAGCAAUGUCUUGUGUGGGUUUUGCCUGCCAGCCCAUUUGUUCUUACACAACCUGCGAGUCUAGCACCGGUCAGUCUCCCUGUGUGGUGAGCUCAUGCCAAUCCUAUGGUUCAGAAUCCAGUGGGCAUCAUCAAGCUCAGUGCUGUGGCCAGCCAAGCUCCAAACAGAAACCAGCUUGUGCAUCUGGGUCAGGCCAGCCGGCCUGUGACCAACCAAUGGACAGUGAUUCUAAACCCUGCAAGCCACCCUGCUCUGAGGUAACUUCCUGUAAUGAAACUCCUUGCCCACCAAGUGCCUGUGUAGCUUGCCCAGGCCAACCAAGUUGCUGCCAAGCUGGCUCAUGCCCAUCUAUGUGUUGUGAGGUCCAGUCCUGCCAAUCAACGUAUUAUCAACCCAUCUGCUACAUUUUUAAGCCUUUACAAACUGCUCUGCCUAUGCCUGUUCCCUGCCAGUCUUCGCCUUGUGUGUUCAAUUCUUGCAAUCCUCCUUGCUAUGUACCCUCUCCUUGCCAGCCACUUUACUGCCAAACAGCUCCUUCCUUAUCCAUCAUGUGCCAGCCAAUGACUCCCUGCUCACCUCCUUGCUCUGUAACGACCACUUGCAAACCAGCUUCCGGUGGCACUGGUUGUUCUGACCCUCCUACUUGUGGAUCUACUUCCUGCAACCAAGGAGGCUGCCAACCCUCUUCCUGCCAGCCAGCUUGUUGUGUGACAGGUGUGGGGAAGAUGUCCAUUGGUGGUUCUAAUAGCUUCCAAGCAGCUUCUACAAAUGUCUGUAAUGUCAGUACCUGCUUUCCCACUUCCUAA